UAAACACAAGUCAUUGUGUGUAAUUUAUUUUUGUUUCUCUCUCCUCCACCAAAUCACACUUUCGUGUUCGUUCCUCAGUUUUGAUUGCUUGUGUCAAAUUUCACAAUCUCAUGUAGAAUUUAGAAAGGAAAGGAAAGGAAAGCUCUAUCUAUCAAAAAUUUCACUUUCGUGUUCGUUCCUGGUGCUUUGUCAAAGAAUAGAAUCUAUCAAUCUAUCUAUCAAAAAAAAAAAAAAAAAAAACACAAUUUCCCUUCACUUUUUUCGUAAUUUUUGGCCCAAAACUCCAUCUGGGUCUUGUUUAAAAUGCUUACAGAAAGCUUGAUCUCAUCCGGUUCAAUGCUAUUAUCUACGCUUUGCAUACCAAAUGGGUAUGCUCCCUCCACUGGGACUGGGUUACCAUUCAACACUUCACUUUGUUUUAGAAAGAAUCUGAGAAAUAUUGUUUGUGCUUGUGUGGCACCUCCUCCACCCAACAACAUAGGAGGCGAUGGAUUUGCUGCAACCAAAUUCAUUGAUUCAUAUAAAGCAGAGAAAUUAAGCACCAUAGGUGAUCUGGAGGAUGGUUCUGAUGUUCUCAUCGAAUGCAGAAAUGUUUACAAGUCAUUUGGAGAGAAGCAUAUAUUAAGAGGUGUGAGCUUCAAGAUUAGACAUGGUGAAGCAGUUGGAAUAAUUGGGCCUUCUGGUACUGGUAAAUCUACAAUUUUGAAGAUUAUUGCUGGACUUCUUGCUCCGGACAGGGGCGAGGUUUAUAUUCAUGGUAAAAAGAGAGAUGGUUUGAUCAGCGAUGAGGGGAUUUCUGGGCUUCGAAUUGGAUUGGUGUUUCAAAGUGCAGCACUUUUUGAUUCUUUGACUGUUCGUGAAAAUGUUGGUUUCCUUUUAUAUGAAAAUUCUAGCAUGUUGGAGGAACAAAUUGCUGAACUUGUGACGGAAACUUUGGCCCAAGUUGGUUUAAAGGGAGUGGAGGACAGGUUACCUUCUGAGUUAUCUGGUGGAAUGAAGAAAAGAGUUGCUUUAGCUCGGUCUAUAAUUUUUGAUACCACAAAUGAAACAAUUGAGCCAGAGGUACUCUUAUAUGAUGAACCAACAGCCGGACUCGAUCCAAUAGCAUCUACCGUAGUUGAAGAUCUCAUCCGCUCUGUUCACAUGAAAGGUGAGGAUGGGAAACCUGAGAAGAUUGCGUCUUAUGUGGUGGUUACUCAUCAACAUAGUACCAUUAGAAGGGCUGUUGACAGGUUGUUGUUUCUACAUGAAGGAAAGGUUGUUUGGCAAGGAAUGACUGAUGAAUUCAUGACAUCAGCCAAUCCAAUUGUUCAACAGUUUGCAUCUGGCAGCCUUGAUGGGCCUAUUAAAUACUAGGACAUGAACCAUCGGUUUUCGUUUCAGACAAACUUCUCUGGAGUUUGAAGACUAGAUAUCUCAUCAACAGGUGCAUGCAAAUUUUGCCGCUUCCCACCAGGUCUACACUUUUGCAAACUUGUACUGACUGAUACAAAAUGAUCUCGAAAGAAUAAACUAGUUCAACUUUGGGCACCAUCCUGCUUUGAAAGAGCCUGCUCCUCAAUAUAUGAUUAGUUGCAUGCCA